GAGGAAACAACAUAUAGCCGGAUGGAGAUAAAAAUACAGACAUAACUCUCAUCUCCAGGCGAGUACAAGCAUCAUAUCUGCGCUAUACAAGGAGAUAUGCCCGCAGAAAGAAAAUUAAAUGUCACACAUCACACUCCUUCGAACCCUUGAACCUAAUCGGAUCCGACACCACAGAUAUUUCUACCCUGAAGUGAUCUAGAAUACUGAUGCACCAUUGGAUCCCAGAAAUCGUGCGGGUUAUCUUUGAAUAUAUCUAUGAUCCUAUCCGCAAUGAAGAGGAUAUCGAUGGUCGCGUUACAGUGGCCGGUCUGGCAAGAACUUGUCGAGCGUUUAACGAUCCCGCCCUGGACGUCCUAUGGGCUCAGCUCCACUCUUUAGAUGCACUCGUCCUCUGUUCUGGUGGGACUCGAGAUCGCUGGAAUCAAUCAACCUGGGAUCAACCAUUGUAUGAUGCGGACUGGCGCGUUCUGGCGCGUCAUACAAGACGCGUCUGCACGCUAACAAUCUCACCUCAUUCAGAGACAUGGCAUAUCAGCACUAUGGGGCUUCUGAAUUGUUUCCCCCUUCCAGGACCCCUUCUUCCGAAUCUCACAAAAUUGAAUUGGUUGUCCAACAAUGAAGAAUACUUCCCCUUUUUACAUCGCUUCUGCGGGCCUAAUCUUAAAACCCUGAGGCUUUCACCCGACGAAUGGGGUGUCAGCAAGUGUGUUGCUGUUGCUUCGCUUGCAUCAUCAUGUCCUUUGCUCGAGGGAUUUUUAUGCCCAGACGCAGAUCAUUUUUCGAUGCACGCAAUCAGCGAGGCAGUUUUGGGCUGGAACAAACUUCGACUGCUGCAGGUUGGUCCUGUGGACGAGCAGGCUUUGGCACACGUAGCCUCUUUGCAAACCCUUCAAGAGUUGCAUUUCUCCGCCGCAUCAGAUCCUAGAUCCUCCCUAUUGGAACUUUGCAACCCCCAUGCCCUGAUGGUGAUCUCAAUCCCUACGCCUUCUAUCUUUCAAAUAUUCAUGCAAAACGUCCAUCUCUCAAUUCAACGCCUGGAAAUUCACUGCUCCCUCUACGAUUAUUCCUUCCCUGAACAUUUCUUCUCGCACUUACAGGCAUGCUUAGCGCAUCCUGAAGAACUCACAUGGCUCUCGCUGAUCGUGGACAAGAUAUCACCCGAGGAUGAUAGUGACGAAUUAAUCGUGCUCAACUCUCACAUUUUGCAUCCACUCCUAACAUUCAAGGGACUCAAUCACUUGGAUCUUGGGCACUCGUGCACUGCGCAUAUUGACGAUACCUUUCUCAGGGAGAUAGCCCUGUCUUGUCCACACCUACAGAGACUCCGGUUAGGUGACCAGCAUCACUGGUUCAUUGCUCCGUUGGUGACCUUUGAUGGAAUCAUAUCUCUCUUGAGGCACUGCCGCCAGUUGUUUUGUCUUGGCAUUUUCUUUAAUGCCACUUUCAAAAGUAACACGACAUAUGUGGCUUCGGUCGACGCAAUCAGUCCAAAAAUCACAGAAUUUCAUGUCGGGGCAUCCCCCAUCGGUGAUCCUGUGAAGGUCACAGCAGUGCUGUCCUUUCUAUUUCCAAGUGUCACUCGCAUAAAUUAUUCCAUCUCCAACAUAUUCCUUAUGGACCCUCAGGGGAUGAGGGUAGAUUGGGCGACAGUAAAUAUGUGGUUUGAAACAUUUGUCUCGGCCCGGAAGGAGAGUCGACAGCAAGGCUGGUUGGAAGGGAAGGCGGAGGUUUAAGAGGAUACAGUAUGUGUAUUGACAAUUUGAUUCGGUCAUUCUUUUCGUAUCCUUCAGCUAGUUCAGUAGUGCUACAGAUUAACAGGGCCCUCGUGGAAGGAUGUCGAAUAUUCUUUACCACUGAACAAAGUUCAACAAACACGUUUGUUGACCUUAUUGU